UGCGGCAGCCGGGCGGGCGGGCUCCCGAGCCUUGCAGCGCGGCGCUAGCCCGCGGCUCGGCCCGGACGAGACCGCAGCUGCUCUGGUGAAGCCGACAGCGCUGGCGAGUCGCCAGGACCUGUAAUUUAAGGGCCAAGGAACUGCUAUUCCCAUCUGCCUUUGGCAAUCGUCUUUAACCCCCGGAGCACGUCAGCAUACAGCCACUGCAGCACAGGGCUCGGGACUAUCCCUUCAGCGAGACGAAUGGAAACCGAGCCCCUCUGAGAACCUGCCCCCGAAGUUCUGGCCCAACUCACCACCGCGAUCGAGGGUGGGUUAAUGCCCCCCCCCAUGCCUUUUCUUCCGCGGUAUUUCUGCCUUGACCUAGUCCCUUAAGUCUCCACACGCAUUCCUCGCAGAGGUCUGUAGCUUAGGACCCUGAAGAAUGGCCGAGCCGUGGGGGAACGAGUUGGCGUCCGCAGCUGCCAGGGGGGACCUAGAGCAACUUACUAGUUUGUUGCAAAAUAAUGUAAACGUCAAUGCACAAAAUGGAUUUGGAAGAACUGCGCUGCAGGUUAUGAAACUUGGAAAUCCUGAGAUUGCCAGGAGACUACUACUUAGAGGUGCUAAUCCCAAUUUGAAAGACCGAACUGGUUUUGCUGUCAUUCAUGAUGCAGCCAGAGCAGGUUUCCUGGACACUUUACAGACUUUGCUGGAGUUUCAAGCUGAUGUUAACAUCGAGGAUAAUGAAGGGAACCUACCCUUGCACUUGGCUGCCAAAGAAGGUCACCUCCAGGUGGUGGAAUUCCUUUUGAAGCACACAGCCAGCAAUGUGGGGCAUCAGAACCAUAAGGGGGACACUGCCUUUGACUUGGCCAGGCUCUAUGGGAGGAAUGAGGUCCUUAGCCUGAUGGAGGCAAAUGGGGUCGGGGGAGCCACAAAUCUGCGUUGAGUAUGGGGAGGGCUUUCCCACAUUGCCUCUUCUUUGUCAGUUAAUUGAUUGGCUGCCUUAACUAUUUUAAUAUUGGUCCUUAAUAUAGUUUUCUUUCAUGUUUUAAGCAGCUAGUUAAAUCUUCUGAAACUCAGUAAGUGGAAUUCUCACUACAGGAUAUAUUUAAGCAACAUUUUUUUUCACCAGCAAAAAAUACUGAUUUCUAACAUGUAAUUGCGAAUAGCUUUGCUUUCUUCUGAAUAUUUUAUCCUCCCUUGACUUUCUUUGUUUACCCUGUUACUCCUUUGCUGAUCUCAAUAUCCAACUUGGAAGCUUUGUUUUUAGAAUGAUUUGCGCUACUGAUUCUUUUGCCUAAUUAAAACACUUUCAGAACAGGA